AUGAAGGGGAUCAAACCUAAAGAAGCCAAGCCUAAGAAACCAGCCAAGGAAGCGAUGACGGAUGAGAAACCGAAAGCAAAGACAUCCAAGAAGGCAGCAGCCAAGAAACCUGCAGAGAAGAAGAAACCAGCAAAGAAAGCCACCAAACCCAAAACUCCUAAGAAAGCUAAGGCCACCAAGUCUCCAAAGAAAGCGAAGACAGCCAAGCCUAAGAAAGUCAAGACACAAAGACACCUCAUUCGUGCGACAGAAAAUAAGUCUCUAUAA